UCAGAGAGCACUCAACUUCUUCCUCUGGUGAAGUGGGUUUACUUAAACUUAAAGAAAAAGAAAAAAAUGUCUCCACUUCUGAAAUGCAUCUUUGAUAUCACUGAAACUUUCAAUCAAUAUGCCUCACAUGACUGUGAUGGAGCAGCAUUAAGCAAGAAAGACCUGAAGAAUCUCCUUGAAAGGGAAUUUGGAGAUGUCCUUCGGAGACCUCACGACCCUGAGACGGUAGACCUGACCCUGCAACUUCUGGAUCGGGACUGUAACGGGCUAGUCGAUUUCAAUGAGUUCCUCCUGUUCAUUUUCAAGGUAGCUCAAGCUUGUUACUACGCUCUCGGCCAGGCUUCUGGGCUGGAGGAGCCGGGAGCCAAGGGUGAGGGAAAGGGGAACCCGUCACAAAACUGCAGGCGAGAAGACCAAAGGCGAGUCGAGGCUCGGGACAGACAAUUGGAAGAACGCAGGCAGGCGAGGCGUGAAGCGGAGUUCGCAGAGGAAGAGGAACAGAGGGAGAAGCUAGAGAGGCGCGAGCAGUUUGAGCAGCAACGCGGCGAGGUGGAGCCGCGGUGGCAAAGGCGCGAACGCGAAGGGCGCCCUGAGGAGGAGGAACAGCAGCAGAGGCGCAAAGGCUGGGAGCCCGCGUUUCCAGACCGCGAAGAGCAAAGGAGAGAGACGCUGGCGCAGCGCGAGCGGCGCGAACGCCUGGAAGAAGAGCAGCUCGAGCGCCGCGAAGAGCAGCAGCAGAGUCGUGAGCUGCGCGAGCCGCGCCUGAGCGAAGUCCGGGAGGAGGAGGAGCGGCGGCUACGACGCGAGAGACGCGAGCAGGCCGAGCGCGUGGCGAGCAAGGGAGGUCGCCUGGAGGAAGAGCGGCGGCAGCAGGAGCGCGAGCUCGAAGAGCCGCGCUUGGGGCAGGAACUCCGGCGCGCGCAGGAGACGCGCGAGCAGCAGCUGAGGCGCCGGGAAGAGGAAAGGCGUGAACCGGAGCAGAGGCGCGAGCGGCAGCUGAGGCGCGAACUCGAGGAGGAGAGGCGCGAGCAGGAGCUGAGACGCGAGCAGGAGCCAAGGCGCAAGGGAGAAAGGCGCGCCGAGCAGGAGCUGAGGCGCCAGGAAGAGAGACGCGAGCUGGAGCUGAGGCGCGAACAAGAACUGAGACGCGAACUAGAGGAGGAGACACGUGGACAAGAGCUGAGGCGCCAAGAAGAGCGACGCGAACAGGAGCUGAGGCGCGAGCGGGAGCCCAGGCGCCAGGAGCAAAGGCGCGAACAAGAACUGAGGCGCGAACUGGAAGAAGAGAGACGCGAACAGGAGCCCAGACGCCAAGAAGAAAGGCGGGAGCAGGAGCUAAGGCGCCAAUUGGAGGAAGGGAGACGCGAACAGGAGCUGAGGCGUGAGGAAGUGCAGAGGCGCCAGGAGCAGGGAAGCGAGCAAGAACUGAGGCGCCAGGAGGAAGAAAGACGGGAACUGGAGUUAAGGCGCGAGCAAGAGCUAAGGCGCCAAGAGGAGGAAAGACGCGCAGAGGAGCCAGGGCUCCAGGAGCUGAGGGGCGAACAAGAACUGAGGCGCGACCUGGCCGCGGAGAGACGCGAACAGGCGCGAAGGGGCGAACGCGGGCAAAGGCGCGAGCUCCCAGAGGAGGAGGUGGAGCAGGAAAGGGCCCGCGAGCUUGGCGAGAGAAGUGCCCCGAGGUGGCAGUGGCAGCUCGAGAGCGAAGUCGAGGCGCGGCAGAGCAAAGUCUACUCCCGGCCCCGCCGGCAGGAGGAGCAGAGGCUUCGCGAGCAGCUAGAGGAGCAGAGGCGGCGCCAGGAGCGCGAGCAGCGGCUGCGAGAGCGGGAGGAGCAGGCGCGCCAGCAGGACGCAGAAGAGCCGCGCCGCGCCUUCAAAUGGCAGCGGGAGGCCGAGGAAGAGAGCCAGCGCCACCGCCAGAGGCUGUCUGCCCGGCCGCUGUCGCAGCGGCAGCUGAGGGCCGAGGAACGCCUGGAGCGGGAACUGCUCCUGGAGGAAGAAGAACAGCGCCGGCAGCGCCUAGAGAGGGAGCGGGAGCGGCAGUUCCUUGAGGAGGAAGAGCAGCAGCUCCAGCGUUUGGAGCGCGCCCGACAGCUCCAGGAGGAGGAGGAGCGGCUCCAGCGUUUGGAGCGCACCCGACAGCUCCAGGAGGAGGAGGAGCGACUCCAAGAGGAAAGGGAGAGAAGGCGACGUCAGGAGGAGCAGCGGGGCGACCAGAAAUUGAGGUGGCAGCUGGAGGAGGAAAGCCAGAGACGACGCCAAGCGCUGUACGCCAAGCCGGCGCGACGGGAGCUGCUGAGGGAGGAGGAGCUGCUGCAGCGCGAGGAGGAGCUGCUGCAGCGCGAGGGAGAGCUGCUGCAGCGCGAGAGGAGGCGCCUGGAGCGCGAGAGGCAAUAUCGGGAAGAGGAGCUACAGCAAGAGGAAGAAGUGCAGAGAGAGGAACUUGAGAGAAGGCGUCAGGCGAGGGAGAGACAACUAGAGGAGGAGCUGCAGCGUCGGGACAGACAGCGACUGUUCGGGGAGGAAGACCGGAGUGAUCUGAAAUGGCAGUGGCAGCCUGAAAAAGAAAAAGAAGCUCGUGACAACAGGCUGUACUCCAAACGAAAAGAGAAUGAAGAAACUAUUCGGCAGUUGGAGGAUUUGCAGGCGCGGGAAAGACAGUUCCUGCAGGAUGAACAGGAAUAUGAGAGAGAGCGAGGGGAGCAACGGAGAGACAGGAAGUUCCAAGAGGAACAACUGCUGAGAGAGGAACGAGAAGAGAGAAGACGUCGCCAGGAAGACAGACAGUUCCUCGAGGAAGAACAGGAACUGCGACAGGAAAGAGAACAGCAGCUACGCAGCCAGGAGCGCGACAGGCGGUUCUUCAGGGAAGAGCAACAGAUGAGAGAGGAACAGGAAGAGCAGCAGCAGCUACGCCGCCAAGAGCGCGAGCAACAGUUUCGCCAAGAGCACGACAGAAAGCUCGGUCAAGAGGCACAAAUUCAGGAGCGGGAGGAACAGCAGCUGCGCCGGCGGGAGCGUGAGCAAGAGCUUCGCCAGGAGCGCGACAGGAAGUUUCGUGAGGAGGAGCGGGAACUGCAACGGGAAAGGGAGCAGCAGCUGCGCCGCCAGGAGCGCGACAGACAAUUCCUCCAGGAGGAACAACUUCAGGAACGGGAGGAACAGCAGCUGCAACAGGAACGGGAAGAGCAGCUUCUUCGCCAGGAGCGCGACAGGAAGUUUCGUGAGGAGGAGCAGGAGCUGCGACGGGAAAGGGAACAGCAGCUGCGCCGCCAGGAGCGCGACAGACAAUUCCUCCAGGAGGAACAACUUCAGGAACAGGAGGAACAGCAGCUGCGACAGGAACGGGAAGAGCAGCUUCUUCGCCAGGAGCGCGACAGGAAGUUUCGUGAGGAGGAGCAGGAGCUGCGACGGGAAAGGGAACAGCAGCUGCGCCGCCAAGAGCGCGAUCAACAGCUUCGCCAGGAGCGCGACAGAAAGUUUCGUGAAGCGGAACAAAUUCAGCAGCGGGAAGAACAGCAGCUGCGCCGCCAGGAGCGCGACAGAAGGUACAGAGAAGAGGAGCAGCAGCUGCGCCGCCAGGAGCGCGAGCAACAGCUUCGCCAGGAGCGCGACAGAAGGUACAGAGAAGAGGAGCAGCAGCUGCGCCGCCAGGAGCGCGAGCAACAGCUUCGCCAGGAGCGCGACAGAAGGUACAGAGAAGAGGAGCAGCAGCUGCGCCGCCAGGAGCGCGAGCAACAGCUUCGCCAGGAGCGCGACAGAAGGUACAGAGAAGAGGAGCAGCAGCUGCGCCGCCAGGAGCGCGAGCAACAGCUUCGCCAGGAGCGCGACAGAGAGUUUCGUAGAGAGGAACAAAUUCAAGAGCGGGAAGAACAACAGCUGCGCCGCCAGGAGCGCGAGGAACAGCUUCGCCAGGAGCGCGACAGAAGGUUUAGAGAGGAACAGCAACUGCGACGGGAACGGGAAGAGCAGCAGCUGCGCCGCCAAGAGCGAGAGCAGCAGCUUCGUGGAGGUCGCGACAGGACCCGCAGGGAGGAGCAACUUCUGCAGGAACUCGAAGAACAGCAGGCGCGCCGCGAGGAGCGUGACAGGAGAUUCCGCGAAGAGAAACAGCAACUGCGAGAACAGCAGCUGAGCCGCCAAGAGAUGCAGAGAGAAGAGCAGGGCCUGAGGCGCAGGCAGGAACAAGAGCAGCAAUACGAGGCAGACACACAGUUUGGCAGGGAAAGACGGCGCCGACAGGAACAGGAACUGCUGCAAGAGCAGAGAGGCCGCCUGGAACGCGAGAGGAAAUUCAGGGAAGAACAACUUCACCAGGAGCAGGAGGAGGAGCAGAGGCGCCGCCAAGAGCGAGAGCAAAGCCGUGGCCAAGUCCAGGAUAGAAGGGCGCUGGAAGACAAGAGCUGCAGGCAGGAUCUGGAACCCGGCAAGCGUCAGUUAGUCGGUGUUCCUGUGCGUUCCAGCCCUCUCUAUGAGUACAUCCAAGAGCAAAGAUCUCAGUACCGCCCCUAAGAAAUGUUGUCAAUUAUCCUGACACCUGCCAAAGCUUCAAGGGAAGGAAAAUGGGAAACACUGAGUACCAAAUGACUCAUGUUACUGGUUGUGGGAAAAUUCUCUGAUCUUUCAGAGAUCAGAGAAUGUCUUUAGAAUGUCUUUUUUCCAGUUCUUAAAGUACAUUCAUUUUAUGUUCUUUGUACUACUCCCUUUUAUUCUUUGUCAAGCAGUUUGUUACUGCUGAAUAACUUUGCUC